CGGCUGCGGGUCAGCGCGGGCCCGACAGCCCGCCCCGUUGCGGCUCCUCCCCCGGCCGGGACGGCGCGGCCUGGCACACGAGGGCCAGACGCCCCAGAAGGAAACGCACGGGCGGGGCAUGUCACUGGGCUGCGCCCCACGGGCCGGAUGCAGCUCCGAGGAGCGGGCUUCCCGCCGGAGCAGCCUUCCUCGCACCUCGCACCUCUGGGCGGGGCGGAGCUUGUGUGUUCUACUUCCGGAUCCCACCGCGAUGACACCGGAAGCAGGAAGUGGGGAUUUCUGUCACCGGACGAGGGCAGGGCGGCCUCGGAGCCGGGACUUUCUCGGAGCGCCGGGGCCCUAGGAGCGCUCGCGGCCCGCCGCUGCCGCCUUUCUCACUCCAGUCCGACUCUGCUGACAGAUGCCAUCCGCCAGAGCAACCAGAUGCUGCGGGAGCGCUGCGAGGAGCUGCAGAGGGUGCAGGGCGGCCAGCGGGAGGAGAAGGACUUCCUGCUGCACAAAUUCCGGGCAGCGCGCGCGCUCGUGGAGAGGCUGCGUGCGUGUACACUGGAGCUGCGGCAGCAGCGCGCGCAGGCACUGCAGGAGCUGGAGCACCUCAAGAGAUGCCAGCAGCAGAUGGCUGAAGACAAGGCGUCAGUGAAGGCACAGGUCACAUCCCUGCUGGGGGAGCUGCAGGAGAGCCAGAGUCGCCUGGAGGUCGCCACUCAGGAGCGACAGGCAUUGGAGAGCAAGGUGCGGGCAGCCAGCGAGCAGGCCCGGCUGCUGGAGAGCGAGCGGGAGGCGCUUGAGCAGCAGCACUGCGUGCAGGUGGACCAACUGCGCAUGCAGAACCAUAGCAUGGAGGCGGCGCUGCGCAUGGAGCGCCAGGUUGUCUCCGAGGAGAAGCGGAAGCUGGCGCAGCUGCAGGUGGCCUACCGUCAGCUCUUCCAGGACUAUGACAACCACAUCAAGAACAGCAUGGGGAGCAGUGAGCGGAACCGGGGAACGCAGCUGGAAGACCUGAAGCAGCAGCUGCAGCAGGCUGAGGAGGCACUGGUGGCCAAGCAGGAGGUGAUUGACAAGCUGAAGGAGGAGGCGGAGCAGCACAAGAUCGUGAUGGAGACAGUGCCGGUGCUGAAGGCCCAGGCGGAUAUCUACAAGGCUGACUUCCAGGCUGAGAGGCAGGCCCGGGAGAAGCUGGCCGAGAAGAAGGAGCUGCUUCAGGAGCAGCUGGAGCAGCUGCAGCGGGAGUUUGGCCGCCUGAAGGUCAGCUGCCAAGAGUUGGCCAGGAUUGAAGAUUUGCGGAAGCGGCACAUGGAGGCCUCACAGCCCCCCUUACCUUCAGUGCUCGAUCACCCCUUUCACCAGGUCCUGCCCAACGCAAGGAGCCCCCCCGAGGAGCCGCCCGACUUCUGUUGCCCCAAGUGCCAGUACCAGGCCCCUGACAUGGACACGCUGCAGAUCCACGUGAUGGAGUGCAUCGAAUAGGCCUGGCUGGCCGCGGGUGCUGCCCUGUCACGGCCCCCUCUGGGCUGUGUGCUGCCGUGCCCACCUGCCGCAGUCCCUUCCGGGCUGCAGCUCUGCACCUGACUCUGCUCAUUUCUUCCCUUGGCUUAACCACUUUCCUCAGUGCCUCUGCUGCUUGCACAGCUGCUGGGGCUGUCAAGCCUUACAACAGGGCCCCUUUGGGGACCACUCCCCCAGGCCACUGGCCGCCUCGUCUCACCCUUGUCACUGGCUCACAUUGUCCAGUGUCUCUGACUGUCUCCAAAGCUGCACCGUUUCCACUGUGUCCUUCCCCAGUGGGCUGGAGCCAUGCUCUGAGGAGAGGACCCCACGUUGGCCUUUUGGAUUUUGCUUGGACGGGCUGCCGUGUCCCUGACGCUCCUAUUCUCCCUGUUUCUUCUUUGGUUGUGACAUGCUCAGUCCCCUUACCUGUUCUGGGGCUAGAGCUGACGUGUGGCUUCUCUGCCUGCACCUGGGCCUACUGUUCACAGCGUGCUGCCUGCCUGGCCCAGAUGAGCUCCCUGGAGGCCCUGUCACACUGGCUUGGCUGUGCCUGCUGUCUGCAUCCUGGCUGCACACUAUCCCGGCUGUUCUGGACUCGGUUCGGCACUGCCAAGUGCAGGCUGGCCGGCACUGCUGUUCACCUUGGCCUCUGCAGCCUGGGAGACCAUGGGGGCCACCCUGUGGGACAGCAUUGCAGGCAUAUGUGCUGUCCUUCUGGUGGCCAUGGCAGCUGCCGUCACUGUGUUGUUUUCUUGCAAGGCUUUGGGACCACGUGUGUGUUUCCUGUGCUGUGCUAACAACCAUGAAUCUGGUGGCCUUA